AUGGCUCCUCUAACCAGGCUCCCUCUCGCAUACCGCCUCUUCUUCCUCUAUCUCGAGCCCGUCUCCGCCCUCGUCGGCGCCUUCUUCACCCACUUCCGCCAGCAGCGCUACCUCGAGCUCCUAAACAGCGCAUCCGCGCCGGCCAGGCUCGUCCCGCUGAGCACCUCCGUGGCCAUGUCUCAGCUCGCAAACAUGUACUUCUUCUUCGCCAUCAACGAGGCGCUCGUUCUCCGGUCAACCAGCAAUCUGCGAGUCUGGCGCGCUGUGCUGCUGGUGCUUCUGAUUGCGGACUUUGGGCAUUUGUACUCGAUGAAGGAGCUGGGCCCCGGCAUCUACUACAACGUCAUGGAUUGGAACGUGGGCGAUAUUGGCAACGUGCCCUGGGUAUAUGCGGGGGCCACGAUGAGAUGCUGUUUUCUGGCCGGCGUUGGCCUGUGA